AUGAAUCUUGAUCCUACCGUCAAAAAAUUUGUACAAACAAGCGAAGUAGUCCAAGCACCCGUUUGUGUUCCUUUGCAGCUGGGUUAUGAGCACUUUAUUGCAGUCCAACAAGAUUUACGAAAAAUCGAAGAUAUUCGCCUGCUGACUUAUUAUAAGCUAAUGCCAAACGGUGAACUGAAAUCAUUAGACAACUUCCCGAAUGACAAGUUGUUGUUUAACUUACAGUCUCUAUUAGAAACAUCACGGCAAGAUCAGCCAGUGCUGUGCAAUAAUCGCUAUAACAGUAUAUUCUCUCGCCUUAAACCCGUAAUUUUGUUUAAUCAAAACUGUCAAACAGUCGAACCUAUGGAUAUUGCCCCACCAGCGACAGUUGCUACGUUGGAACAGCAAAUAGAAUGGGAGAAGUGCGGCUCACCGUAUGUUGAAGUUUGCACUUCUUCCACUGAAUUGGAUAAAAGAAAUCAGCAAAAUAUUCAAACGUGUUGUAGUGUUUGUUGCUGCAAAAAUUGCCGGGAGUUGAAACGUAAAUUUUCAGCUCAUAAACUCAAAAUGUCAACCGGAAUAAAUACACAAGAGGAGAAACGAUCAGCGGUAACGAGUUCUGGAACUAACUAUAAACGAGAGAACCGUGAAAAAGGCAAUCAAACUACAACCAGUAACUUAAGUGCUCGCGAGCAGUUGAAACUGAAACGUACAAACCAACAAUUCAUAGACGGGCUUUUGGAGUAA